UCUGCUCUAUUUGUAGGUGUCCUUGAAAAAACAGUGGAGGGGGAAGCCACUGCUCUCACCAAAGCUAAGACCCUUUACAAGUCCUGUACCAAUGAGAGUUUAAUUGAGCUCAGAGGAGGGGCUCCUUUGCUCGACAUGCUGUCUGAUGUGUUUGAGUGGCCCCUCGCUGUGGAGAACUGGGAGACCAACUAUGGUAAAACCUGGAGGUUGGAAAACGUCAUCGCCAAGCUGAAUGAGAAAUAUGGAACUCAACUCUUAGUUAACUUUUUUGUUGGCACCGAUGACAAAGACUCCAAUUCACACAUCAUUCAUUUUGACCAGCAGACAAACCUCGGCCUCUUGUCCAGAGAUUACUACGCUUGCACUGGACCCUACGCAGAGGCAUGUCGGGCCUACGAGCAGUUCAUGUUUGACCUGGCGAAGCUGAUCCGCACAGACAGGGGAUUGCCCAUCAAUGAAACCAACAUCAGACAGGAGGUGGCACGAGUCCUGGACCUGGAGAGGGAAAUUGCCAAUGCUACUGAUACUCCAGAGGACCGUAACAAUCCAGUGUUGCUUUACAACAAGAUGGAACUGGGUGAUCUGAACGCCAACUUCACCCUCGAGGUUGAAUCACAGGUUUUUAACUGGAGUUACUUCACAGCUAAGAUAAUGGAUACAGUCAACAUCACCGUUUCUGACACAGAGAAGGUCAUAAACUACUCCCCCAACUAUUACAGAAGACUCAACCUUAUCUUGGCCAGAUACAACAAGAGGGAUCUGCAGAACUACAUGGUGUGGCGUUUUGCUAUGAACAUGGUGGUGGGCCUGAGCAGAACUUACAGGGACACCAGGAAAGCCUUCCGCAAGGCUCUCUCUGGUACAACGUCAGAGGCAGCAGUGUGGCGACAGUGUGCACUUUACGUCAAUAACAACAUGGACAAUGCUGUGGGACGACUGUAUGUGCAGGAAGCCUUCUCUGAAAAGAGCAAAGAACUGAUGGAGGAGAUGAUUAAAGAUAUCCGGGAAGUGUUCAUCAGUAACCUAUAUGACCUGACAUGGAUGGAUGCAGAGACCAAGAAAGCAGCUGAGGAUAAGGCCCGGGCUAUUCGGGAACGGAUCGGCUAUUCUGACAACAUCAUGGAUGACGGAUAUCUUAACAAUGAGUACAAAGAUCUGGGCUACAGUGCAGAGGAGUACUUUGAAAACAUUCUACAGAACCUGGAGUAUCUGCAGAAGAAACGCCUGCGGAAACUCAGAGUCAAAGUCAACAAAGACGAGUGGGUAACUGGAGCUGCCGUUGUCAACGCCUUCUACUCAGCCAGCAAAAACCAAAUAGUUUUCCCUGCAGGCAUCCUCCAGCCGCCUUUCUUCAGCAAAGGCCAGGCUAAAUCGCUCAACUAUGGUGGCAUUGGCAUGGUGAUCGGUCACGAGAUCACACAUGGCUUCGAUGACAACGGCCGUAACUAUGAUAAGGAUGGAGACCUGAAGGACUGGUGGACACCAGACUCCACUCAGAAGUUCCUGGACCUGUCGAAAUGCAUCGUCAAUCAGUACGGCAACUUCUCCUGGGACCUGGCCAAUGGACUUCAUUUAAAUGGUAACAACACCCUUGGGGAGAACAUUGCUGACAAUGGAGGUAUACGGCAGGCAUAUCAGGCUUACAAGAACUAUGUGGUGGAGCAUGGAGAGGAGCCAUCCCUGCCUGGCAUUGGUCUUUCCCACAAUCAACUCUUCUUCCUAAACUUUGCUCAGGUAUGGUGUGGAACACACCGACCAGAGCAAGCUGUUAAUUCCAUUAAAGUCGAUGUACACAGUCCAGGGAAAUUCAGGGUACUGGGCUCCCUUCAGAACUUCCCUGAAUUUGCCAAAGCAUUCAACUGCAACAAGGGCAGCUACAUGGUCCCUGACAACGCCUGCCGUGUUUGGUGAUCAACAAACCUCUGGGAUGGGGACUGUUCUGACGUCAGUCGUCACUGUCCCCCCUGCAGUACCUCUACCCUCUAACUGUUGGAGCACUCGUGGGGGGCAACAGGGAAGUGGAAGCUCCCCUUAGCUCUUUACUGGAUGGACCAGGGCUGGUAGACACUGCAGUAUGCACUUCCUCUGAGGAAAGCAGUGGACUGUACCUUUACGGACAGACGGAGCACUGUCUCUCCGACUCUGAUUCUGUAGUUCAUUCAAUCGACCUGAUUAUUCUGCUACUCACUGGAUACAAUCACUCAUUGUGUUUUGAUUUUUUCUCUCUUCAUUUUCAAUCUUCUUUUACUCAUCAUUUGUGAGUCUGCCAAAGUUUGUGUGAGUGUGUGUGUGUGUGUGUGUGUGUGUGUGUGUGUGUGUGUGUGUGUGUGUGUGUGUGUGUGUGUGUGUGUGUGUGUGUGUGUGUGUGUUUCAGUCAUAAUACUGUACAAGUAGUUGUCAAGAGAGGGGCAGACAGACAAAAGUGCUCAACAUCCGCUAACAUAUGAAUACACCACCCACCCACUCAUCCAUACACAUGUAACAGGGUUGAACCUCUGUACUGUAUGUGGGACUGAACUGUAUGCCUCUGAUAAAACCUCAGCUUGUUUUAGCCUUCAUCUACAUGAUGAUACACUCUACAAUGUAUUCGUAAUGUAAUCUUUGUUAAUACGUAAAACUAGAUUAGGUAAAUUAUUACAGAAAACCUGCAUUUAUUUUGCUGAAUAGACCAAUAAGUAUUUAAUCGUAAUCACAUAUUACACAACAAUGUUCUAUAUUUAAUGAUGAUGACUUGCAGUUGACAGAUGGCUGCUGUUCAUUAGCAGUAUGUCAAAUAAACCAAAAUUAAAUGUUUGCCUUUAAGAUGACAGCUUGUCAUGAAUCAUUAGGCUGACAAACGACAGUCACCAGACCCUUUUUAUACAUUCACUGAUCCUCCUGUGUGUUUCUGGAUUUAUGUCUGUAUGUGUUUUUUUUAAGUCAUUAUGAUUGCUGUCUUCUGUUUGUCAAGCAAUUUGGUAUGCCUUACAUGGUCUGUUGUGCAGCUGUGUCUGACAAUGUGUAUGUGAAUUUGCAGGAGAACAAAGGAUAAGAGAAUGUAUCAUUAACGCAAUAGUUUGACAUUUUCAAAUAUACGCUUCUUUACUUUUCUCGCUAAGAGCUGGCUGAGGAGAUCGAUACUACUUUCAUGUCUUUACGAUACAGCCAGCAGCCGGUUGGCUUAUCUGAGCAUUAAGACUGGAAACAUCUAG